AUGGAUACCAACCUAAUCGAGAAACCGGUGAUGGAUGCUGGAAAGCCACCGGAGCUAAUUAAUAAGUCCGUGGACCACAAAGAUCAGGUUGUUGGGCAUAAGAAGGUAUUAGUUUACUAUGAAGGAAAGCUAGGGCGUGAAAACAGUAAAAAGACCAAUUGGAUCAUGCAUGAGUUUCGAGUCGAGGGGCCUCCUAGAAUCAAAGAGAGCCAGCAUGAUAUGAAGUUGGAUGAUUGGGUUUUAUGUAGGAUUUACAGAAAAGAAGUAUCAGAAAAUGGGAAAAAGGGUGAAGCGCAAGGCCAAGUACCAGAAAGAUGGAAGAAGGGUGGAGUUCAAGCCCAACACAAGCUAGUUCCCAUUCCCAGUCCAGCCGCGAAUGACAAUGAUUUGGAUGACCUUGAUACGGACGGCUUGUUUGCUCAAAAUUCCAAUCCCGCGCCGAGCCAAAACUCCGAUAAUGUACCAGUCUAA